CGUCAGGGGGCUGCUGGGAGCUUGUUAUUAGAGGAGGAGGAAGAGGAGUGAAUGGGACGCGGGCUGCGGGCUCUGGAGGGGGUGAGGCUGCCUGGAAGGAGGGUAUACGGCGUUGUGAGGAGAGCCCCCUGAAAAGUGACUGGGCCGUGUGCCCGGAGACCUGAAGCCCCCUCCUCCUCCCUGGAUACUGUAUCACAGCCUCCUCCUUACCUGUGGUCAGAGGUCUCCUUUAUGUCCUCCUUCCACUCCUAGCCUUUGGUUUCUCCUAUACUUAAUCUUUUGUAUCCCCCUCCUUAUGCUCUGGUUACUUUGUAUCUAGAUCACCCCCAUUUUCUUCUACUACUGACUCAUUUUCCCCACAUCACCUAUUCUGUCACACAUCCCUCCCUCCUCGACUGAAAAGUUUUGGGGGCUCCUCUGCUGGCGAUGACCUUGGCACACUGAGGGGGGCUCCUAUAGACGUGCAGUCCAGUGCCCCCCAAUCUCCUGGUGUCUUGGCGGAAAUGAGACUAUCCAUGGUGUUGUCCUUGCUGCGGCCGGUGGGCCCUGUGGUGGUGGGCAUCUCGCUGGGCUUCACGCUCAGUUUGCUUAGUGUCACCUGGGUGGAAGAACCUUGUGGAAGUGGCCCAAGACUACCUAGUAGGCAAGAACUUAAAGAUUCCGGGCGCGAUGUGAGCAGCGUGUGGAAGCCCGUGUCUGUCCCUGCCGGUAUGGACAACAAUGAGAACUUCGAGCCCAAGAUCAUCCCGUACAAUCCUCCAGACCCCCAGAAGGUGCAGAAGAAACCCGUCCGGUCUCGCUACAUCAGCACAGAACUUGGCAUCAGAGAGCAGCUCUUUGUUGGCGUCCUGACCUCCAAGACCACCCUGAACACCCUGGCCGUAGCAGUCAACCGGACCCUAGGCCACCGGCUGGAUAGGCUGGUCUACUUCACGGGCAUGCGUGGCCGAAAGCUCCCUCACGGCAUGACGGUGGUGACCCAUGGAGAUGACCGGCCUAUCUGGAACAUGUACCAGACGAUGAAGCAUCUGCUGGAUCACUACAUCCAAGAGUACGACUGGUUCUACCUGGUGCAGGACGACACUUACACUGAGGCUCAUCGGAUUUCCAAACUCGCCGCCCAUCUGAGCAUCGAUGCCGACUUGUACCUGGGCCGGCCUGAGGAGUUCAUCGGCGGUGACACCGAGGGGAGGUACUGCUACGGAGGAUUCGGCUAUCUCCUUUCCAGAAGUCUUCUGAAAAAGCUGCAGCCGCAUUUGGAAAGCUGCCGCAACGAUAUCCUGAGCGCCAGACCCGACGAGUGGCUCGGGAGAUGCAUCAUCGAUUACACCCACGUCAACUGCGUCGAGGUGCACGAGGGAAUUCGGUAUCGUUACUUUGAACUUGGGAAGAACGUGGACCCUGAAAAGGAGAGUGACCCCCGCUUUAAGGUCGCCUUCACCGCCCACCCGGUCCUGGAUCCGGUGCAGAUGUAUCGUCUACAUAAGCACUUUGCUCAGCUGGAACUGGAGAAGACUUACCAAGAAAUGGAGCAGCUACAGCGAGAGGUCCAGAACAUAAGCAGCCUGACAGUAGAGGGAGAGCAGUCUGCCAUGUGGCCUCUAGGAAUCAACCCUCCAUUCAAGCCCAGGACACGCUUCGAAGUCCUGAAGUGGGAUUACUUCACUGAAGACCAGACCUUCUCUUGUAUUGACGACGCUCCGAAGUGUGAGCUGAUCGGGGCUGACCUCGCCGACGUGACCGAUGUCAUCAGCACAGCCAUUGACGAGUUAAACCGCAAAUACCAGCCGGUGUUGCACGUACGUAAACAGCAGCUCCUGAAUGGCUACCGGCGUUUUGACCCAACACGAGGCAUGGAAUACACGUUGGAUCUCCAGUUGGAGCUGGUGACUCAGAAGGGUCACAGCCGCUCCAUUACCAAGAGGGUCCAUCUGGUCCGUCCGCUUAGCGAGGUAGAGAUCAUCCCCAUGCCGUAUGUGACUGAAGCCAGCCGCAUCAACAUUAUCCUACCCCUGACGGCGCAGGACCGGGAGCACGCUGCACGCUUCCUCCAGGCCUUCGCAGACAUCCAAGGCAAUGAAAACUCUCUGCUCACCCUGCUCUUCAUCUAUGACCCCUUCCAAGCUCAGCAGGUCAGCCAAAAUGACAUCUUCGUCCAAGUCAAGAGCCAGAUCUCGGAGUACGAACGCAAGCACCACAACAUCAAGAUCCCCUGGAUCAGUGUGAAGACCGAUGCUCCUUCUCAGAUCCGCCUUAUGGACAUCAUAUCCAAGAAGCACCCGGUGGACACCCUGUUUUUCCUGGCAGGUGUCGGUAGCCACGUCAGCGCGGAAUUCCUCAACCGUUGCCGCAUGAACACCAUCAACAACUGGCAGGUCUUCUUCCCCAUUCACUUCCAGGGUUACAACCCCGAGGUGUCUGAGCACGGCCAACAGUCUCCUUCGGGAACUCUAGAACUCGUACGGGACGCAGGCCGCUUUGACCGGGAUGUCUUUGAGGAAGCUUGUUUCUACAACGCCGACUACAUGGCGGCCAGGACAAAAAUGACUGCCGAUGCUCAAGAGAACGAGGAAAUCUUGGAGAUGAUAGAUAUUUAUGAGAUGUUUAUUCGCUACUCUGGGCUCCAUGUUUUCCGGGCUGUGGAGCCAGCCCUCCUCCAGCCAUACCGUACAAGAGCUUGUAACCCACGUCUCAGUGAGGAAAUCUACCACCGGUGCGUGCAGAGCAAUCUGGAAGGACUGGGCUCUCGCUCCCAGCUGGCCAUGCUGUUAUUCGAGCAGGAACAGGGGAACAGCACCUGACCACAAUGUUAAGGGCCACGCCUCAGACCGAGUGCGGUCAUGGGGCGAUCGAGACCCUCGGACUGUUGUAACCUUUCCAGGACACUGAAACAGGUGCCAGGAACGAAGCCUUGGCGGCACCUCCCAUAAUUACAGGUCAAGGUCUACAGCCUUGGCGAUGAGACUGACAUACAAACUGACGUGUGGUUGGACGCGAGGGGGCCUCCCCCUUCAAUAAUGGACCUCUGUGUUUUGUGCUCUCUGCACCCACUUUGCCAUCACUGCUGCUUCUACUACCUGCUUGGAAACUGAAGGACUCAUUACCCAGCGGUACGAGCACCUGUCUUUUUAGAAACUCCCGAAAAAAAACACUUGAAUACAAAAAAAAAAUACAAAAUUUUUUCCUAUCUUUGUGAACCCUUUAAUUUAUGUCUGUGGUCUGUUGGUUUUAUAAUAUUUUUACUUUGGACUCUCAGAAGGCUUUCAUGUUGUCCUGUCCCAUUGGGCGUUCCCCCCCCCCCCCCCUUCCCCUCCGUUCUCUUUGGCCCAUCCCCCACACACCAUCACUCUGUACUGUGUAGAUGUGUGUAAUCCUCCUCUUGCUCAGUCAGCAUCGAAAGUUGAUGUGUAUGCAGGAAAAGCUGCAGGUGUCAUCUGAGGGCUAAUAAUCCACCCCAAAUGGCGUUUUGCAUCAUUGUUUAACGUUUUCAAGAUCUCUGCUUGCUGUCGGUGAAUGAAGCCAUUCUUGCUUACAUCCAGAGACUGCACGCCUGUCCUGAUUUCGUCCGGGUCCUGCACAGUUUCAGCAAAUAAAGCUAUUUAUUCCAAUACUUUCUGAAAACUGAAGAACAGACAGAAUCUCUGCUUGCUGUCAUUCUAUCAGAGCUUUCAUUCUUCCACGGGAUAUAAAUCUGUCCUAGUCAUGUGACGCCCCAUUCUUGUUCGGGUAUGUUCACAUGGAGGUUUUUAUCACAUGGAUUUGGAAUACGUUCAGAAAUCCACAUGGAAUUCACUUAAAAUCCGUCUCCCAUGGCUUCCAAAUCGGCGUGUCUUUCAGUUAUCGGAGCGGUUAUGUAAUGAGCCGUGCACCCAAUCAUGUACCCCCUGAAAGUAAAUCUUGAAGGUUUAUGUUAAAUGACAGCAAGCAGAGAUCUUGAAAACCAUAGCAAAUUGAUACUUUCUGUAUAGCAAACGGUUAUGUCAUUCUACAAGGCAUAAUGGUUGCAUGUAAUUCCCUUUUCAGUGUGUCAUUCACUGACUGCAAACAUUGAUCUUAAAAGGGCACAAAGCCUAUUAGAAAUCUGCAACGUUGUUGUUGUUUUUGUUUUUUGCAUCAAACAGAAAAAGCUUAUAAAAUAAAGCUCUGAUUUGAUGUUUUUUUUUUUUUUUUUAAUAUCGGAGGGAAUUGCUGCUGCAUGGAAGUUCCUCACUGAAGCCAAUGAGGAGCUGUUUGUGGCAGCCUGUACCCCGAGACUGGUACAUCAGACUAUUUCCUGCUCUAAACCAGAGCUUCCCCUUUAAGACCCGGGACUACCCUCCUGCAUUUCUAGAACUUGAACGUUGUAGCUCUGUACUGAUUUCGCACUGGGGACGGAUGAGGCGCGGGGCAGCGAUCAUUCCGAAGACUUUAUAGAUUUCUUUAUAGACACCCCAGGCUCCUCCUUGAAAGCAAUCAUUUUUAUAUUAUAAAUCUAUUUAAUAUUUGGGGGGUUUGUCAUUGAUUUUAAAUAUUACUACUUUAAUAAAAAUGCAACAAAAA